UACACGAGAUGAGCCCGUCGACCCCAUCUCGAAGCUUCUUCGUCCGUCUCCGGCUGGGCCUCGAAUCUUCGAGAAGCUACCGGAGCCUGCCCCCCGAGCACCGCCAUGGCGUCCUCCGGCGGAGCGGCCAUAUCGGCAGGGCCCACGCCGCCGUCGGCAACGGCGUCGGCGGUGGAGUGGCACCAGCGGCCGCCGAACCCGAAGAACCCGGUGGUGUUCUUCGACGUGACCAUCGGGUCCAUCCCCGCCGGCCGCAUCAAGAUGGAGCUCUUCGCGGACAUCGCCCCGAAGACCGCCGAGAACUUCCGGCAAUUCUGCACUGGCGAGCACAGAAAAAAUGCUUUGCCACAGGGGUAUAAGGGCUGUCAGUUCCACAGGGUGAUCAAAGAUUUCAUGAUUCAGUGUGGUGACUUCUUGAAGAAUGAUGGUACUGGAUGCACAUCAAUCUACGGUACCAAAUUUGACGAUGAAAAUUUUAUUGCAAAGCAUACUGGGCCUGGACUUCUCUCAAUGGCAAACAGUGGAGCUAACUCUAAUGGAUCUCAGUUCUUUAUAACAUGUGCGAAAUGUGAUUGGCUGGACAACAAGCAUGUGGUCUUUGGGAGAGUGCUCGGAGACAGUCUGCUCGUCGUGAGGAAGAUUGAAAAUGUUGCAACUGGACCAAACAACCGACCAAAGCUUGCCUGCGUUAUAAGUGAAUGUGGUGAAAUGUAGCUUGAUUCUUGAAUGUGGCUAGUCUUCUACCUCUUGACGCUGCUGAUGUAGGUCUUGUUGCGUUGAUGUUUGAUGAAAGUACGGAAUCACUGGAAACAGUAUAGAGAUAUUCUUGAAUGUACUGAAGCAUGUCAAAAUUUACAGUGAUCAAGGUGUACCGUUAUGACAUUAUCUGUAGAAUAAUUUCGAAACAUGUGCUGAGGAUUGUUUCGAAACAUGAAAUUUAUGAUCGACUUGUGAUCGAUGCUUUCCCCUUCUGUAGGUAUGCUUCCGUGAUCCAGGAAGGCAGCAAUUUUUGGCCUCCGACUCUACCCCCAAAUGUUUUUCAGGAUAUUCUAUUUUAUGCUUGUUC